GAGAGGGAAUCCACUGUGGGAUUUGCUGCUUGUGUGAGGAGAAGAAGAAAAUGACGUUACUGUUUUGGUUGAUCGAGAUUUAAUUAGAAGUUUUCUUUUAAAACGGGAUUAAAGAUCUGACGAAACUUUGACUCUUACAAUAAAUCGAUGAUCUGUCACCAUGACAACCAAGCCUGGAUUGAUAACUGAUUCUUUCAAGGUGGUGAAGAAAGCAAGAAGAGACAACAAACGAGAGAAGAGGCCCACUCCUCCGCCAAACAUAGCGGCUGAGGAUGAAACUUUAAAAGACAAUGAGCUGGAGAAGCUCAGACAGUUUGAUCUGGACUGGAGAUUCGGGCCUUGCAUAGGUAUUAGCAGACUGCAGAGGUGGGAGAGGGCACAGCUACAUGGUCUGAACCCUCCUGAAGAGAUUAGAGACCUGCUACUGCACACACAUAAUGACCCCGAGCACAACCUGAGUUUAUGGAGCAGCUAUGCUUUGUGAUGGACCAUGUCUGAAGACUUAAUGACCACGUCUUCUACUACUAUUUCUUCUUCUUCUUCUUUUUCUUCUGUGCUUUAUGAUGGACCAUGUUAGAAAUCUGAAAGAUGCACAAAGUGGCAACAAAAGAAAAGAAGCAUGAUAAAAUAUGGGAUUUUGUGUAUGUUUUCCCAACCAUUUUACGCUGACGUUUGAAAAAAUAUGUUAAUAAAUUUUAAAUCAAAAGAAA